GGUCGGUUCUUUUAUCGAUCGCACGCGAAGGACGAGCCUGGAAUCGGAAAUCUUCUUUUGAACCACUAUUGUAUUUGGGUUACUUCGACUCUCGCACUCCUGGAUGUCAGGGCUAUUUUGGCUAUAUUCAAGCACCAACUCCUCAAUCGCUUUUGGAGAGUAUUCUCUAUCA